GGUGGCCGUGAUUGCGAUAUUUCCCACAGUGCUUGAAAGUAGCAAAAAGCUCCCGGUGACGGAGCAGAGGCAGAACAGCGGCAGGGAGCUGCGAGCAUCGUCUCUUACCGACGCAGGACAGAAAGCUCCGUGUCAGCGGAGAUAUGGAGACGCCGGGGAGGAUAGUAGCCACACCGGACGCCUUGGACUUCACGGUGGAAAACGUAGAGAAGGCCCUCCACCAGUUGUACUAUGAUCCCAAUAUAGAAAACAAGAAUCUGGCCCAGAAAUGGCUAAUGCAGGCUCAGGUCUCGCCUCAAGCCUGGCAGUUCUGCUGGGCCCUACUCAGCCCAGAUAAGGUGCCAGAGAUUCAGUACUUUGGUGCUAGCGCACUUCAUACCAAGAUCUCUCGCUACUGGUCGGACAUCCCCACAGACCAGUACGAGUCUCUGAAGACCCAGCUGUUCUCCCAGAUUGCCUGCUUCUCUUCCGGCUCCAAGAUGGUGCUCACCCGGCUAUGUGUGGCCCUGGCCUCUCUGGCGCUCAACACAAUGCCCGAGGCCUGGCCUGGUGCAGUGGCAGAGAUGGUACGGGUGUUCCAAGAGGAGGGGGGCGGGGUGGAUGGGCGGGCACGCUGCCUGGCAUUGCUAGAGCUGCUGACCGUCCUGCCCGAGGAGUUCCAGACCAGCCGCCUGCCGCAGUACCGAAAAGGACAGGUUCGGGGUGCCCUAGGCCGGGAGUGGGGGUCAGUGUGUCCCUUACUGCAGCAACUGCUGCGAAGGACGGACAGCCCCGGGGCGGUGAAGGCUCGCGUGCUUCGCUGCCUGUCAUCCUGGGUGCUGCUGGAUGUACCCCUCAGCGAGAGCGAAAGCCUGGUGCACGACUGCUUCAGCGCCCUGCCCGACCCAGAGCUCUUCGACACAGCGGUAGAGGCAAUAGUCAACGCCAUCUCACAGCCUGACUCCCAAAGAUAUGUGAACACUUUGCUGAAACUGGUUCCUCAAGUGCUGGCUCUCCAGGAGCAGCUCAGAGAGGCUGUUCAGAAUGGAGACAUGGAGACCUGCCAUGGUAUCUGCCGUAUCGCCGUUACACUGGGAGAAAACCACUCCAGGACUCUGUUGGAGCAGGUGGAUCACUGGCAGAGCUUUCUGGCUUUAGUCAAUAUGAUCAUGUUUUGUACAGGUAUCCCCGGCCACUACCCGGUCAAUGAGACCACCAGCUCGCUCACACUCACCUUCUGGUAUACACUACAAGAUGAAAUAAUGUCAUUUGAGUCGGACAAGCAGGCAGUGUAUCUGCAGGUCUACAGGCCAGUGUAUUUCCAGCUGGUGGAUGUUCUCCUACACAAAGCCCAGUUCCCCUCCGACCAGGAGUACGCAUCCUGGUCCUCAGAUGAGAAAGAGCAAUUCAGGAUCUACAGGGUGGAUAUCUCCGACACACUCAUGUACGUGUAUGAGAUGCUGGGAGCAGAGCUGCUGAGUAACCUGUAUGAUAAACUAGGGAGACUGUUGACUAAUGCAGAGCAACCCACAUCAUGGCAGCACACAGAAGCCUUACUGUAUGGCUUCCAGUCCAUAGCAGAGACGAUAGAUGUGAAUUACUCUGACGUCAUCCCAGGCCUGAUAGGACUCAUCCCCAGAAUCAGCAUCAACAAUGUCCAACUAGCAGACACAGUGAUGUUCACUAUAGGUGCUUUGGCUGAAUGGUUGGCAGACCACCCAGUGAUGCUCAGCAGUGUCUUGCCCUUGGUGCUUCAGGCUUUGGGGAACCCAGACCUUUCUGUUUCUUCUGUCUCUACGCUCAAGAAAAUUUGUAGAGAGUGCAAAUAUGACCUCCCACCCUACGCAACCAACAUAGUAGCUGUCUCUCAGGAGGUGCUUAUAAAGCAGAUCCACAAGACAAGUCAGUGUAUGUGGCUGAUGCAGGCUCUCGGCUUCCUGCUUUCCGCUCUCCCUGUGGAAGACAUCUUAAGAAACCUUCACUCUCUCAUCACCCCUUACAUUCAGCAAUUGGAGAAGCUAGCGGAUGAGACGCCUAAUCCUUCCAAUAAAUUAGCCAUCAUCCACAUCUUGGGGCUGCUGUCCAACCUCUUCACCACGCUCGACAUCAGCAAGCAGGACGAUGAGUCAGCGGACGGCUCAGCACCACCUGUCAAAACAGCCCCACCUCCACCUGGACCAAACCCAGUUGUGGUGGUUUUGCAACAAGUGUUUGCUCUCAUACAGACUGUACUCAGUAAGUGGCUCAACGACUCGCAGGUGGUAGAGGCUGUGUGCGCCAUCUUUGAGAAGUCGGUGAAGACUCUGCUCCAUGACUUUGCUCCCAUGGUGUCUCAGCUAAGCGAGAUGCUUGGGCAGAUGUACAGUACAAUUCCCCAGGCCUCAGCCCUUGACCUCACACGACAGAUGGUGCAUAUAUUUGCCAGCGAGACAGACCACUUCCCACCCAUCAAGGCUCUGUUUGAGCUGGUUACCUCGGUAACACUGUCCAUCUUCCAGCAAGGACCCAGGGAUCAUCCUGAUAUUGUUGAUUCAUUUAUGCAACUCCAAGCUCAGGCCCUCAAACGGAAGCCCGAUUUGUUCUUGUCUGAGAGUCUUGACGUGAAAGCAGUGUUCCACUGUGGAGUUCUGUCACUCAAAUUUCCUGAGGCUCCGACAGUCAAGUCAACAUGCUUGUUCUUUACUGAACUGUUACCCCACUGCUCUGACGUGCCUCCACUGGCCAGAGUGGUACAAGAGGACGGCAAGCUGCUGAUCCAGGCUGUGCUGGAGGGCAUCGGGGGCGGGGCAUCUCGGAGCCUGAUGGACCAGUUUGCAGAAGUGCUUUUCUCGCUGAACAAGCACUGCUUUUCUCUGCUCGCUGUGUGGUUGAAGGAGGCGCUGCAGCCUCCUGGGUUCCCGUCAUCACGGGUCACAAUUGAACAGAAGGACAACUUCUCACAUCAGAUACUCAGAGAGCGAGUGAACAAGAGGAGGGUGAAGGACAUAGUGAAGGAGUUCACACUACUGUGCAGAGGGCUCCAUGGUACAGAGUACGCCGCUGAAUACUGAAACUCUACCCUUGAACUCUCACCUAACCGUGACCUCUGCCCUCAGCGCAAAACAGCUGGAUGCCACAACAAUACAGUUCUCACAAACCCCAUCAGUGAAGAUAUCGUGAAAUGAUUGUAAUGAUAACCCACCCCGCCGCAGGACAAGACAUGGAACCAUUCCAGCACAGACCUACCAUCGGAUUAAUGGACAGAUAUGAAAUCCCCGGUGGCUUUAGGGAGGCCCUCCUCUCUGCUCCGAUAUUUUUUUUUUCUGUUCUGAGAUUGAUUGUUUCUCUCUCCCUCCCUCCUCUUAUUUAAAGGUUGUUUCUUUAGAAGAGCUUCGAGCAGCACUCCCAGCAUGCUGCCUCACGCCUCCUUCUAUCUCUGUCUUGUUCUGCCUUUCUAGAUCUUCCCGUGGUUCCUAGGCUGUUUCCUGGUGAUUAGCAUCCAUAUGAAAUGGUAGUGGUAUCGUACGUAGCUACUUGACAUUAUUUUUCAAAAUAAAUCAAAUUAAUUAUAUAAAUGUAUAUGUAUACACAUAUAGAAAGAUGGUGGUUGUCAGUCCUGCUGCUGCUAAUGGGAAGAGAGAAGGACCAAUGUCAGGAGGGGAUUCUGCAGGAAAGAUUACAUUAAUACAAUUAUAAUUACUCCCACUCGUGCCCCUGAGAUCUCUGCAUUUGCCAAAUUAUCAUGAAAUGUUUUGUGAAUUUGUCCUUCUUUUUAUAUAGAUGCCUUUUUGGGGGGUAUGAGUGGAGAAAGAAAGCUUAAAACCACAUAACUGGACUGAAAAUAGUCUGCUCUCUUGCCCAGCCCUCUGUGUAUAGGGCUGUUAGUACCUCAUGUACAUACAGUCCCACCCAGUCAUACUGCAGUCUCCUCGGGUUGUAGGGAGUGGUUUUUAUGCAUUGGUCCCUUAGGUAAAGCAGGACUACCCAGAAUGAAGGCUGGAGAGGAAUUAUGGUAGCUGAAGGCACAAGAUAGAAACUGAGAAGGGAACUGAGAGUUUGGAGGGGUUAAUAAUCCUCACGAUGGACUGCUUAGUCACUGUAAUCGUGCAAAAAUAUUAAUCAAGUUGUGCAUAUUAACAGUUAUUGCUGAACACUUCUGUGUAUUUGAGUGUAUGCGUGUGUUCAUACCUGUAUGUUUGAGAGGUUGUGUGUGCACAGAUGUAUCUUUUUCCACUUGUUCAGUGCACUUAUAUUGGACCUACAGUACACAUCCAUAACUUCCUCCUAUCUUUUUAACAAAGAGCCCAUUCAUUUCUUCACAUCACACUCAUUCAGACUGCUCUUUUCUUAAACACUGACCAGGCAUGUCCAGUAUUUCACCUCACCGGCAAUCACACCCAUCUAUUUAACGUCAUUAUCAUCUGGAAUGACCAGCCAGUGGUAAUCAUUGACCAGACUCAUCUAUCUAUCUGUUAUUGACACCAACUACUGCGCCUAACAAACUGCUUGUGAACAAGCCACCCAAAUCCUUUCAUCCAUCUGGUCACUGCCUUGGAGAGGACCGAGAAGGAUUAGAGUUCAGUAACAAAACAUAAGAUCUCUGAGAAAGUUAUUCAGCGUUUUGCAACAAGAAUUAACACCGACAUUCUGUGCUCAUCCAUUAUGCCAGAGACAUUAUUGGUGAAGCGAUGUGACGGCUGUAAAAUACACUGUCUGGUGAAUCAGCAGGACCAGUUGACAUCUAAUAACACUCAGCAUCGAAAUGUACUUUGUGGUCUCUGAUAAACUUUAUCUCAGUCUAAUCCUUCUGUCUUAUCCGAGGUGCCUGCAGACAUGUAGCAUGUAUGUGUUUUGUGGGGUGGGGUUGGGGAGGGUGGGGGAUUGAGAUCGAGGUUCAGCGGGCAAACAUUCAGUGUGUGAGACACUGCAGAGAACCGUGAUUUAGACUGAGAGCCGAGGCAGGAACCAGCUCUGUGAGUGAGCUGUCCUGCCCCCGGGUCUGAUAAUAACGGUGAAUGAUUGGACGUUCAACACUGAUCCUCGGUCUGUAUUAUGGUCUCAUUCUGAGGUGGGAAAAUAAAACUAUGUUUGUCACAGUUUAUAGAAAGAGUAGUAGGUGGAGGAGGGGAGGGAGGUAUGAAAUGUACAUUGUUUUUUUGUACCUUGGCUUUAAUUUAUUAAAUAUAUCUAAGACUGCA